CGCAGACAAGUUUUAGCUUGUGAGUAUCUUUGCGCAGGUCGUGAACUUCGAGAAGUUGGGAAAGUUGUACGGGUGUAUUGCCAAAAAUGGAUUUAAAGUGACAGGAUUGACUUUUGACGAUUUAUCAACUCAUUCGGACUUAAUUAGGAACAAUAAUUUACAUUUAGGAUUAUAUAUUUCUGAGGUUUAGUGUAGGGAGAAGUAAAAUUAUAUUAUUUCCUAUUCUCACGGAUCUACCCGAAUUUCCUUAUGUUUACAACUUUAUUUUUUACAAGUUGAUAAAAAUAUGUGUUUAACGAUAUCUCGUUAUAAAUCGCUCUGAGCCUGGGAAAAAAUGAAAGAAUUUGCAUUUCUUUUUGUUGUCACCUGUAUUUCUCACCUGGUCAAUUCAGAAAUUCCCAAAUUCCUUAAAACCCCACAGGAUGUACAAGUGGAGGUAGGAACAACAGCCCAGCUAGAAUGCCAUGCUACAGGACCACCCAACCUAGUUAUAUCAUGGCAAAAAGACGGCAUCAGCAAUUUUCCUGCCAUUGAGCAGAAACGAUGGCAUGUUGAACCAGCUCAGUCUGUUACAUUUAUAAGUCCAGUGAAGACAAUUGACGAGGGAGUUUACAGUUGUAUAGCUACAAACCAAAAUGGUACAGUUACAGCCAAUGCUACGGUUUCAGUAGUUGACAGCAGAAAGUUAGAAUGUUCCAACUGGAAAAGUGAAGCCAUUUCAUCAGGCCAAGAAUUUGCCAUUUACAAGAAUGAAACCUGUCAUGUUUGCUUGUGUAACGAUGGAUCCCCAAAGAAUUGUAGAAAGAUUACUUGUCCCUCUAAAUGUUCAGACCUUGAUGAUUACAGUUUGUGCUGUCUAAAAUGCUCUGAAAUACUCAACACUAAAGCUUUGGAGGUUUCUACAAGUCUAUCAGAGGUAUCUAAUAUCACUUCAGAUCAGUCUGAAAAAGAGCCUUCUAAUCCACCAGAGAACACAGGAAAAAUUACACCAGGCCAUCAUGAAUCUCAACAAAAAUCUCAAAGUACAUCUGACAAACCAGCUAAAUCAGAUACAGAAAAGACACCAGGAAAGACUGGGUUACAAAAUGAUGCUAUUAUCAAUAAUCCUCAUGGAGACAACAUUGACACUAAAACAAUAAAACAGUUUGACCAUACAACUAACCAUGUUGAUAUGGUUAAAGAAGAUGUCUUGUCAAAUCAUAAUUCUGUGGAAAAUCAACCUGUUAAGAUACCCACAAUAGAAUUGAUCAACAACAAAAGUUCUGAUGAAGUUGGAGACCAUUUAGAGGUACAGUUUGCUGGAAAUGAAAGUUCUGUAGAAGUUAGGGAACAUUUGGAUGUUAAGUCCGAAGGCAACGAAACUUCUGUAGAAGUUGGGGAGCAUUUAGAUGUAAAGUCUGCUGGCAAUGAAACUGCUGUUGAGUCUAUGGACAAUUUGGAUGUAAAGUCCCUAGGCAACAAAAGUUCAGUUGAAGUUGAGGAACAUUUGGAUGUGAAAACCUUAGGCAAUGAAAGUUCCGUGGAAGAAACAGGACAUUUUAAUGAGAGUAUACAACAGAAUUUGUUGAAUCAAAGUUCUAGUGAUCAAGAAGAUAGAAAUGUAACAGAAAAUAUUGCAACAUCAGAGUUAACAACAACAAAACCUAUCCCCGAAGUUCCAAACAUAACUUGUACGGAUUGGAAGGGCCAAAUUUUCCAUUACGGAGAAGAAUAUGCUCCAUACAAGGAGGACAAUUGUAAAUUAUGUGCAUGUGGUCGUGAUACUUCUAAACAAUGUAGAACUGUACGAAUCAUUGAGUGUCCUGAUAGGAACUGUACAUACUAUGUGUGGAAGAUAGGGAUGGAUUGUUGUGAAUAUGAAUGUAUCAAUGAUCUUAACGACAUUAAAAAAGGGAGACCCAUAAAGAAGAAUAGAAAGAGAAAAUUAGAAAUAAUUAAGCCACCAAAGAAUGCCACUGUUUCUGCUGACUACAGCCACACCUUUCACUGUAGAGCUAACAAACGUACAAAUUCUCAUCAUCAUGUACUUUAUAAAUGGUUCAAGGAUGGUGAGAGAAUAAAAGAUAGAUUUAGCCGAGAUGAAGAUACUGGCCAUGCUAAGUAUGACAUAAAUAAAAAGACAGGAAGUUUGAAGAUUAUACAUGUGCAUGUGAAAGACAGGGGAGAAUACCACUGCAAAGUCAAACAUGGCAAUGAAACAGUUAUCUCCCAUAAAGUCUUCUUAGAAGUUCAAGUGCCAGUGAAGUUUGUUGGACUGAUACCCUAUAACCGAACUGUAAAGUGUGGGAACCCAGUACAGCUCGUCUGUAAUGUAGCAGGGAUACCAGUACCAACAAUGAUCUGGAGCAAAAAUGGAGUGGAGCUUGGUAGCACGCCCCCUGAAGGGAUCUCUAUCUACACGACUGUACAAGGCAAUGAUGUUCUCUCCAGACUCCUGGUCAAGAAUGUAACAGAGACCAGUAGGUAUGGAUGUAGAGCAUACAACAAGCCUAAAUCACCUCCUGGUAAACUGGCCAUAGUCAGACAAGAUGUACAGGUUACCAUGAUGUGUUCUGGAACCAAGAACAAGCCAAUUGGGCAGUGUGUACCUUACAAUGGAAGUUUUUGCAGUGCAGAAAUAGAUUCUUCUCAAAUCCACAAGAUUGUCAAUGUAUCAUUUGAGAAGUUGGACAGGGAUGUUAUGGACAUGCUUCAUGACAUCAAGAAAAACUUAAACCCCUUGAAUGACAGAUGUCCGUCUAAUGCCAAGAAAGUCUUCUGUAACCAUGUAUACCCAAGCUGUCAUCAGGAAAAUGGAGAGGCCAAACCAAUACACAUGUGCAGACAAAGUUGUUUAGCAGUGAAGGAACUCCUUUGUUUUGAUGCAUGGCUGAUGGUUGUUCAUUCUAUGGAUGGAUAUAAACUGCCAAUAUGUGAAACACUUCCAGAUAAACUGGAUCCUACCAUGAAGUGUGUAGACAUCCCUAUGUUUGUAAGGAAACCAGAAGAAACUAGAAAUUCCUGCUAUAAAGGUACUGGACAAUGGUAUAAUGGUACAGUGAACACAACUAAAUCAGGAAUAGCUUGUCAGGCUUGGGAAUCCCAGAAUCCACAUAAUCAUCAGCGACCACCAGAUGUCUUUCCCAGUCUGGAGGGAGCAGAAAACUAUUGUAGAAAUCCUGGAUCUGAAGAGGAUUCUCCUUGGUGUUAUACACAAGAGAGAAUCAUUAGAUGGGAGAGAUGUGAUGUUCCUAAAUGUGAUGGAGAAAUCCGACCACCUACAGGACAAGUGGAAGAAGAAAAACCAACUAUGACAACAGAAGCCAUUGCUAUUGUUUCUACCGUAACAGCAGUUGGAGUAUUUGUUGUUGCUCUUAUUUGCAUAUUAUGCUACCAGAUCUUUAGACAGAGACACAGUAUAAAAUACAAUUCAACACCACAAGAUGACCUUGACAUUGAUGUGGACAAACUUCAGCCAAAUAUUUCUUAUCACAAAAUGGCUGAUAUUAAACUUAACCCCAAGUUACAAACCUUGGAAUAUCCUAGAAAUGAUGUUGUGUACUUAUGUGACAUUGGUCAAGGUGCUUUUGGACGUGUAUUCAAAGCUAAGGCCAAGGAUCUUGUUGAAGAUUCAGAGGAUUGUUUUGUUGCUGUAAAAAUGUUGAAAGAUGAUGCUAGUGAAGAUCUCCAACAAGAUUUUGAAAGAGAGGCUUCAUUGAUGGCUGAAUUUGAUCAUCGAAACAUUGUUAAAUUAUUGGGUAUUUGUGCAAUAGGCAAGCCUAUGUGUUUAUUAUUUGAAUUUAUGGAGAACGGUGAUUUAAAUGGAUUUUUGAGACUUUGUAGUUCAGAAAGCAAUUACAUAAUUAGACGUAAUAGUGUGGAUAAAAAAUCCUCCGAACUAUUCCACCAUGUGGGAACAAAUCAACAAAUGAAUAUCAUCAUGCAGAUAUGUACUGGGAUGGUAUAUUUAUCAGACAAUGGCUACGUUCAUCGAGACUUAGCCACACGUAACUGUUUAGUUGGUGAAAAUUUGCUUGUUAAAAUAUCAGACUUCGGUUUAGCUAGAAGUGUUCAUAGUAUGGAAUAUUAUAAGGGCAGCGAUCAUGACGCUAUUCCUAUUCGCUGGAUGCCCUUAGAAUCAAUACUUUAUAACAAAUUCACAUCAGAAUCUGAUGUCUGGUCAUUCGGUAUUGUAUUAUGGGAAGUGUUUUCUUACGCUUUACAACCAUAUUAUGGUAUGUCUCAUGAAGAAGUUGUUCAGUUUAUAAAAGACGGCAAAGUGCUGGCAUGUCCAGAUAAAACACCUAAAGCUCUAUAUGAGUUAAUGCGAUUGUGUUGGAGUAAGAAGCCGACCAACCGACCUCGAUUUAUUCAUCUUAGCAAGUCACUCCAUGCCAUUAAUGAAGAACUUCAGAAGAAAAGUAAUAUAAGUGAAGUUGUAUGAUACAUUGUCUCAGAUUCUUACUCUUUGCUCAAAUCCAGUCAUAUGUUUGUUGUUUUGUUAUUGUUUUAUUUGCUUAUUUGUUACCUUUAUGUAUAUUGUUAAAACAAGUUAAACUUGUAUAUCAACUGAACCAAUUGUUUAUAAGAUAUGGUAAGCAGGAUUUUUGUAUUCCAAAUUUUUGGACACUCACUGAAAAAUUACGAUUAUUGUAUUUGAAAAAGAAGGGGAUUUGGUAUUAUAAAAUUGUUGACAUUGCCAUAAUCUAAAAGCAUGUAAAUAAAAAUUAGUGCUGUACAUUUUUUAAAGUUUUACACUAUAGUGAUCAGAUCAGUAGCUCAAGUGUAACAUUCUUUACCAACAGUUUAAUCUAGGAGCCAAUAACAGCCUUUCAUCACAAUAAAGUUCAGAAACAAUUGAACAAAAAUAUUGUUUAGAAUUACAUCUGUGGUGGUCUAUUCAGAAAAUAAGAGAUUUCCUAUAUUUUGUUAAAAUAACAAAACUUGUUUAGACAAUUUGUUUCCAAAAUAUUUAUUGGACUUGAGUUACUUCUUUAGAAGAUGUUGACACAUGUUAAUAAUAUUUACUAAAGUUUAAACAAGAUAGAUCAUUAGAAACGGAUCUGUAAGCCAACUUCAAGUAUACAAAAUGUUGCAUAACACUAUCUUAAAAGUUCCUGGGUAAAAAGUUCUACAAAGAACACUUAUUAGUUAGCAUCAUAGCUUUACCUUUUAGAAAUGACCUUGUAGUAAAAUUUGAAAGAUUUGGCUGUGAAACAGAAUAAAAACAUGGAUUUCAUGAACAGUAAUUCUUUGAAAAGUAAUAUUAACUCAGUUGGGAUGAAAUUAGAUUUAAAAAUGAAAAGAUUUUUUUGGGGGAAUAGACAUGCAUAAAUAUUGACAGAAAGUGCAACUUCAUUUUUUUCUGUUUCAAAUAUUUAGACUUGGUGACAACCAUGAAGUGAAUAUGAAUUUUUUCUUCAUAUAGAAAAUAUAUUUUAAAAAAGAACAUGGUUUUCAUUCCUUUAAAAAUGUAAUUGAUGUCAUUAAGAUUUGAUUUAGAAGAAUAUUAUGCAUUGCUGUUGACAAUUUUAGUAUUGUUCAUAAAAAAUUUGAGGACUAUAUUUAUCAUAUCAUUGAAACAUCCUUCAUUAUAGUGUUUUAAAGGCAGCUUACACACAUCAUUAAUUUAAUACUUAACUUAUUAUGUAAUAUUAAGUAUAGUGGUUAGUAUUUACGUAUGUUUUAAAUGUUUUAUAUCACCUAAAUGUCCUUACUUUAGUGCACUUGUGAAAUGUCUAAUCUUAUUUUCUUCCCACAACCUUUUGAGUUCUAGUCUUUAUAAAAUCCUACUUUUUUUCCUGCAAACUUUGAUUUUUCUAGCAGUCUGCUUGAAAAAAAAAAACCUGAUGUAAAUACAUUUUGUGGUAAUGUUUGCUGCCACUUGAAAACAGAGGUGUAAUGCAAGUACAAAAUGAUUUCAAAAAAAAUAUGUUCUCUGAAGACCCGAAAACAUUGGAUCUGGACACAUUGAAGUUUGUCAAAAUAUACUGUAGAUGAAUAUUGUCAAUCAUCUGAAGUGUACUUAUAUAUGCAUGCAAGACAAUAUCAGUUUGAUAGCAAUCGCUAACUGUUCUAAGGUUAUGAAUGAAAUAUCUUCCUAUUGAGUAAAGUUUUAGAUGUGAUUGAAGUAGUUUGAACUGUUGUACCAUGCUGAUGUGAAUUUAUAUUUUAUGAAUGGAUUAACUUUGUAGUGUUUUGAACAAGUGAUAAGAUAAAUUUAAGAGGACUGUCCUGCUAUGAACAAGAUGAAAAAAGUCUUUAUUUAUCUGAUUUUCAUCAUCAGCAGGAUUCCAAAAUCAUUUUAAUCAUCAAACCAUGUGAUAUUUUUUAUCUAUUUGAUAGUUACUUGAGUAACACACAAAGAGCAAGGGAGGCAGAAGUACUUAAACAUGAAGUGUUUUCUAGGUAGGCUCCAGGGAAUCUGAUAGGUAUGAAGGCUAGAAAUCUAUACCAUUGUGUCUAGUACUCUUGGUUUUAAUAAAAUCCUUGUGUAGUUUAUAAAAGUUUAUCAUUUUCUAAUUCAAAGUACUGAUAAUAAUAACACAAACAAAAUUAUCAUUUAUCCUGUUUCGGUCAUUUUAGAGCUUUUUGUACCUUUUGGUUAGUGUCACAGUGUUUUAAUCUAGUCUUAAGUUGAACCCAUUGAUCAGUAAUCUGUAAAUUUGAAAUGUUUUUCCAGAUCUCUCUGACACAGCUCUAUAUCCAGAAAGUCUAUGAGAAUGUUUGGAUUUCAAUCUGUAUCACUGAUAGUUCAGACAGAAUCUGAUCAUUUUAAUUAAUCAUAGCCACUCCAUACUGGUACACUCAAUGAUUUUACAGACUUUCAAAACAUUCUAUCAAAACAAAAAUAUUUACUAUUCAUAACAAUGUUGUUUUUAGCAUAGAAAAAUAGUUUUGGUUUUGUCAGGCAUGUAAAUUCUCACAUCUGGUAGAACAUUGGGGUAUGGCUGAUGAAGUGAUAUGCAUCUGUGACAUCAAUUGGGUGACUUAUCUAUCAUCUCUAUAGCUAAAUGUACCUGGAAAUGUGGCUUAUCUUUGAUUGCAAUAGGUGCAUCUUUGAAGAAUAUCAUUGGAUAUAGUUAAGGUCUUUAUCUGAGUUAUCAAAUCCCACUUGCAGCCUUAGAAGCAAACACAGGGUACCCUGUUAGAACAAGCUUUUCUGAAAUAACAUCAAACAAAAAUAUGAACGCAACAUUGUUAUGGAUACUAAUAGCACUAAGAAUGGACAGCAUUCGUCACAUUCUGACAACUUAAUUUGGAAAAUAUGCAAAGAUCCACCAUAAGAUAGACAGACAUCAUCAGUCCUAUUAUAAAUAAACUUUUUUGAAUCAUACCAUAGAUAUUUCCAGCUUUCAUACAUCUAAUCAGAUAUCCCCAUUGUCAAGUUGGAUGUCAAAAGAAAUGAUUUAUCACUUAUAUACUUAAUGAUUACUUUUCUUUACAAAAAGUGCCAAAUUUUAAAAGUAGUUAGGAUUCAGUUGUUUACAAACUUUCUAAAAGUUAUAUUCUGUGUCUGAAGUGACAGAAUUUAAAUAUUUGUGAACUCAGUGCAGCAAUCUUAAAGAUUGUAUUUUUUUAUGUCAGUUCUGCAAAUUAGAUGUUUCUUAAAUAAUCAGUUGCAGUCAUCUUGGCAGUUUGUUAUGUUUUGCUUUAAUUUUGCACUUUUGCACCAGAAACCAGAUACAUUGUAAGUUUAAAUUUCAUCCCUAUAGGAUUAGCUGGAAGUGGCUAUGGAGUCUAAACUAAUACUAAAAGCUGUUUUCUUAAUCUUUUCAUUUUUUUUGUUCAAGAAACAAGUUUUUGUAAAUUUUGUAAUCUUUGUAGAUAAUGAAAUUGUCUGCCAUGCAGAAAAUCAGAUAAACUUUUUGAGACUGACAAAAAUUAAUUAAAGUACUUGCAAGGCCAAGCAAAUAGUCUUUAGAUAUUUUAUUUUUUAUUCAAAAAAAUUACAGUAUAAGGAAAAUGUGCCUCCUUUAUAGAAAACACAUUUUGUUUGGUUAUUUAUAUUAGAAUAUCUCACUUUGUAUUUAGCUGAAAGCUAGGACUGUCAUAGUAGGUUUUUUUUGUUUUAAUUAUGCUAUGUUUAUAAGUGCUAUGUGAGUUGGUUGUAUAUUUUUUUCUCAUUUUUAAACCCAGUGAACAAAUCAUUUUGUAUGUUUGUUUUUGCAUGCCAAAAGUUUAUUAUUUUUGUUGUUGAAAGACAUGAGAUUUAUUUAUUCGUUCCAUUUAUAUACCAGAAAAAUAUAUAAAUGGAAUAGAUCUGUUGUAUAUGCAGCAAACGUUGGGGUUGUAUAAUGAUAAAGGUCCAUAUUUAGAGCAGCAAACUUUAUAUUUAUAUAGGUUGAUGGUUCGUGCAUUUCUUUGUUUUUUUCUAAUAAAUACUUUUCAUUAUUGAAUCUACUUUUUUUAAUGCUUAAAUGCAUCAAUGAUGUAAAAUUUAGAGACUAAAUUGUAAAACUGUUUACAAAAAUAAUAAAAUUAUUUCAAAUUUUUGGCUAUUUGAGGGGAAGGGUUGGGGGUUAAUUUAUAAGUUUCAAAAAUUUGAAAUGUUGGUUAAAUCAUUGAUUGGUGGAUUGUUCAUAAAACUAUUGACCUGUAUAAAUUGAGAUCUAUGAAUCCAUUAGGAAAAUGAUACAUACAAUCAGGAAAUAUUCUCUAAGCCUUUCAGUAGGCAACUGCCAUAAAUGCUGCACUAGGCAAAUGUUCAUUAUUUUCUUUAACUUUUUGUGAUUUUCUGUUUGUUAUUUUAUAUGUUCAGAAUGGUGCUUAUUUGUACAAGGACAGUAUCGAUCUAACAACAUGAUUAUUUCUUUUUUACGUAACUUAAUCUAAAGAAUUUUUGAAAUUUAAUAUUUGAAAACAACAUUAAAAAACAAUUAACACAUUUAAAAUUUAAAUUUAAAUUGAAUGAAGAACAAUCAAAUUAUGAGAAUCAAAUUUCAUUUUGUAUAAAGUAAGUAAUAGUUUUACAUGUUUUUUCUUUUGAUCUUUGGUUAUCGGACAUAGAAUCUUUGGGACCAAUUUGCCAACUGAUUGCGAUGAUUGUGCAAUUUUUUUAAAAAUGAUUGAUAGAUUUGUACUGCCCUUGUAAAAUGUUGUAAUAAUUGUUGAUCAUGUUUCAUUAAAAACUGGCUGUAAAAAGUCAUUAUAAAAGUGCUAAAAUAAAAUAAAAUUUAAAUUGAA